UAUAAACCAUCUGUCCCUCAUCAGAACAACUGAGAAGCUGCCUCUUUUCCCAUUUUGGAGUAUACAGUACAUACAUAUACUCACAUAUUUCGUGACGACCAUUUGUACCUGUGGGACAUUGCCACCUGAAGAAAAACUAUACCUUAAAGUAUUUGAUUGGUGUGGCUGAGAAGAAGGCAGUUUGUUGUGCUUGGACCCCCCCACUUCAGGGGAGAGAAACCUCUGACACCAGCAUUUGAAGACCAUGACAUCCAACAUUUCGAUCUGUCUCUGCCUGUUGCUGGUGUCUUGUGGUUCGACUGCAGUCAUCACCGGGGCAUGUGAGAAGGACUCUCAGUGUGGAGGUGGCAUGUGUUGUGCAGUCAGCCUGUGGAUCCGGAGCCUACGAAUGUGCAUCCCAAUGGGUCAGGAGGGAGAAGACUGUCAUCCAAUGACCCACAAGGUGCCCUUCUUUGGCAGGAGACUCCAUCAUACAUGCCCUUGUCUGCCCAACUUAGCAUGCAUCACCAUAGCUGAUGGCAAGUCCAAAUGUCUCUCGCCAUUUCCAUUCCAGGAUCAGUACCUGUGAUGAAGAUGUUUACCUGUAUACCAUGCAGAUGUUUGUACAGUGUAUAGUUGCAAAAGUGUUUUCUUGAUUGA